UGGAGAUUGUUCUCUCUGCACAGUUUUCUUGGAUUUGAGCUCAUAAAAUACUAUGUGUUAAAUUGCAAAGUAUUAUAUAUUUUGUGUGCAAGUAAAUAUGGAAGCAAGGGGGUUAAAUGAGGAGUUAAGAAAUGUUUACCUGUCUGCCUUCAGGGCGCACUCAAGCCGGUCAGCGGCAGAAACUCCGGUGUUCUCCACGGCGGAGCGACCGACUUCGACAAGCGCUGAGUCUCUCACUCCUUACGUUUCUUUUCCAGCCAACAUUGGCACAAGCUCCUCAGUCACUUUUGGAUGUCGUCUCGUAAGUUGUUAUGGUUGCAAAGUUUCACAGAACGCCGUGUUUCCGUCUAGUGUUGUAAAACAGAAUGCGAAUGGACAGUCUGCCAGUAAACCCGUGGACUAUGGCUGGCUUAAGGAGGUCGCUUUUUACCAAAGUUACACAGGUUCCUACCCUGUGUAUUUUGAUUUACCUGUAGUUCAUAAAACAAGCGGAGAUUCUAGACAUGAGACGUGUUUGACGAUGGAAGACCACCCGCCGUGGAAGUGGUCAAACAAUUGCAGCAGGCAACUUUAUUGCUCCAAAGACCAGACGCAGAGCCGGCAUUUCUGGAAGCCAUCAUUAACAGAGGGAACAGGGGGUUCAUUCUGUCCGCGCGGGAGAAAGAAGCGGGUUCCUUACACAAAAUUGCAACUGAAAGAGCUCGAGCGGGAAUACACCACAACUACGUUCAUUACAAAGGAAAAGAGACGACUGAUCGCUUUUUAUACAAACCUGUCUGAGAGACAAGUAAUAAUAUGGUUUCAAAAUCGCCGGGUCAAUGAUAAGAAGAGACCUAAUGUCUGCAUUUAA